UGCUGCAGAGCCUUCGAGAUAAACAGGAACAGGAGGAGUCAUCCAAGCCCUUUCUUGCAAGAGCGUCUCAGGUGUUGCUCUAAUCUCAGGGCAUCAGGGGUCACAGAGCUCAUCUGUCCUGGAUGUAAUGGAGUAUGCCUCACCAGCGAUGUAACUGAACAUUUUUUUCUACAGUGCUUUUCUACUGGGCAAUCCGAUAUGGCCAGGAAUUGCUCAGAGUGUAAGGAGAAGAGGGCGGCACACAUCCUCUGUACCUACUGCAACCGCUGGCUGUGCAGCUCCUGCACCGAGGAGCACCGGCAUGGCCCUUCCCCAGGAGGCCCUCUCUUUCCCCGUUCCCAGAAGGGAUCUUCAGGAGUGAAUGGUGGUGCUGGGGACUAUGCCUUGUACUGUCCUCUACACACUCAGGAAGUGCUGAAACUUUUCUGCGAGACCUGUGACGUGCUUACGUGCCAUAGCUGCCUCAUGGUGGAACAUAAAGAACACAGGUGUAGACAUCUUGAAGAAGUCUUGCAAAACCAGAGGAUGCUUCUGGAAAGUGUGACUACACAGGUGGCGCAUAAGAAAUCCAGCUUGCAGACAUCUGCUAAGCAAAUUGAGGACAGGAUUUUUGAGGUGAAACAUCAGCACAGGAAGGUGGAAAACCAGAUCAAAAUGGCCAAAAUGGUUCUGAUGAAUGAGCUAAACAAACAGGCCAAUGGGCUGAUAGAGGAGCUGGAGGGCAUUACAAACGAGAGAAAGCGGAAACUGGAGCAGCAGUUACAGAGUAUCAUGGUUCUCAACCGGCAGUUCGAACAUGUGCAGAAUUUCAUCAACUGGGCUGUCUGCAGCAAAACCAGCAUCCCCUUUCUUUUCAGCAAAGAGCUGAUUGUUUUUCAGAUGCAGCGAUUGUUAGAGACAAAUUGUAACACAGAUCCUGGCUCCCCCUGGAGUAUCAGAUUCACCUGGGAACCGAACUUUUGGACCAAGCAGCUGGCUUCCCUCGGCUGUAUAACCACUGAAGGUGGCCAACUGUCCCGGGCUGAAACUCCUGCUUAUGGCGCCCUCCAGGGACCAUCAUCAUUCUAUCAAAGCCACCAGUCCUCUGUGACCCAGCAAGAGACUCUUAGCCACCCCUCACACAAGUUCCAGUCGUCAGUGCUGUGCUCCUCUUCUGUCUGCUGUUCCCACUGCUCCCCAGUCUCGCCCUCCCUCAAAGGCCCGAUGCCCCCACCCAGCAUGCACCCCACCCACGGCUUCCGGCAACCCUCCGAGAUGGUGCCCCCACACAUGGGACCACUGCAGUGCUCCAGCCUGAUACCCAGGGAGAAGGAGCUGGUCUGCAAUCCUCACCCGCCCAAGCUGCUGCAGCCCUGGCUGGAAACCCCGCCCACCGUGGAGCCAGAGAGCACCCCCCAGAGACUGGGGCAGCCCCUGAGUUCCCAACCGGUGUGCAUCGUGCCCCCGCAGGACGUGCAGCAAGGAGCCCACGCCCCGCCCCCCGUGCAGGCCCCGUCCAUCCAGGUGCAGUUCGGCCACCACCAGAAGCUGAAGCUCAGUCACUUUCAGCAGCAGCCACCGCAGCCGCCGCCGCCCCCACCCCCUCUGCCGCCACCACCCCAGCAGCAGCCCCCCCAAACUCUACCUCCGUCUCAGCACCUGGCCUCCGGCCAGCAUGAGAGCCCCCCUGGACCUGCCUGCUCCCAGAACGUGGACUUAAUGCACCACAAGUUUGAACUGGAGGAGAUGCAGAAGGACUUGGAGCUGCUCCUUCAGGCCCAGCAGCCCAGCCUGCAGCUGAGCCAGACCAAGUCCCCUCAGCAUCUGCAGCAGACCAUCGUGGGCCAGAUCAACUACAUUGUGAGGCAGCCAGCCCCUGUCCAGUCCCAGAGCCAGGAGGACACCGUGCAGGCUGCAGACGAGCACCCAGCAUCUGAAGGCUCCAAGCCAGCUCUCCCUCUUGAUAAGAAUACUGCUGCUACCUUGCCCCAGGCCUCUGGGGAAGAAACACCUCACAGUGUCCCCCCACUGGACAGCACCAUCCAGCACUCCUCUCCAAAUGUGGUGAGAAAGCACUCCACCUCAGUGAGCAUCAUGGGCUUUUCCAACACGCUGGAGAUGGAGCUGUCAUCCAACAGGCUUACGAGGACCUUAGAGCCACAGAUCCAGAGUGUGAGCAGCCUGACAACCGGUGCCCCCCAGGCAGUACCAGGCCUGCUGGGUGGCCCCCCACCAACUGUGUCCAGCCUGGCGAGCAACCAAAGCCAGACCCUGCCCAGUCUGACAGCCAACCACCUGCAGACCGUGCCCAGCCUCAUGCGUGGUGCUCCCCAGCACAUGCCCAACCCCAUGAAUGAGUCCUCCCUGCCCAUCCCAAGCCUGGCAAGUGAUCGCUCUCAGGCUGGGCCUAACAUGAUGUCUGCUCCUGCUGAGUCUGGGGCGAGUCUGGCAGCUUGUACUCAUCAAGGCUUGCCUCCACCUUCUGAUACACAGUCAGAAACUGGAUCCAGCUGCAGUUCGAGCUCUGGCCGAUGUACUGGCAACCUGUGCCCUCUGGAUGGGGCUGACCCCUCCCUGGGGACUGCGCUGUGUAAGAUUGAAAGUGAGGAUUCCACCCGCUUCACUGACUCUCUGGGACAAGGCCUCGUGGCCCCUGGUCUGGAUGCCUCCAAAGACUUGAUUAUUCCCUCAGAGCCAGAGGAGCCAAUUAAUCUCUCUGUGAAAAAAUCUCCACUGGUUCCAGUGGUCAGCACAUCCAUGGCUUUGCAACAGUUCCAGAACCCAAAAGAGUAUGACAGUGUUGACCAAGGAACCCUGGAGCUGAAUACCAAGGAGAACCAGAGAAUCAGUCCCUUCACCAGCGAGCCCAAGAUCCCCUAUGUGCGGCUGGAGAGACUCAAGAUUUGCGCCACUUCUUCAGGGGAGAUGCCUGUGUUCAAGCUGAAACCCCAGAAGAACGACCAGGAUGGGAGCUUCCUGCUGAUCAUCGAGUGUGGCGCUAAGUCCUCCAGCAUGUCCAUUAAGGUCAGCCAGGAUCACAGCUCAGAUGCCAUCCAGACCCCGAGCCUGGGGGGGAGAAAGGUCACUGUCACUUCUCUGCAGCGGCCCCCAGAGGUAGAGGGGGCAGCCUCGGAAGAACCAAGACCUCUUCCUCGCACCGCUGGAGCCAAGAAGGGACCCCCGGUACCAAUAGAAAAUGAAGACUUCUGUGCUGUGUGUCUCAACGGGGGAGAGUUGCUGUGCUGUGAUCGCUGCCCUAAAGUGUAUCACCUCUCCUGCCACUUGCCAGCCCUGCUCAGCUUCCCCGGGGGAGAUUGGGUGUGCACCCUCUGCCGCAGUCUGACGCAGCCUGAAAUGGAGUAUGACUGUGAGAACGCACGCUACAGCCAGCCUGGGAUGCGGGCCCUUCCGGGCCUGAGCGUGUUCGACCAGAAGAAAUGUGAGAAGCUGGUCCUGUCGCUGUGCUGCAACAGUCUCAGCCUGCCCUUCCACGAGCCUGUCAGCCCUCUGGCCCGGCAUUAUUACCAGAUUAUUAAGAGGCCCAUGGACCUGUCGAUCAUUCGGAGGAAGCUGCAGAAGAAAGACCCAGCUCACUACACCACCCCGGAGGAGGUGGUGUCCGACGUGCGCCUCAUGUUCUGGAACUGCGCUAAGUUCAACUAUCCUGACUCGGAGGUGGCUGAGGCUGGCCGCUGCCUGGAAGUGUUCUUCGAGGGCUGGCUGAAAGAUAUCUACCCGGAGAAGCAGUUUGCCCAGCCCCAGCAGGAGGACUCGGACUCAGAGGAGGUGUCGAGUGAGAGUGCGUGCUCCACGCCCCAGGGCUUCCCGUGGCCCCCUUACAUGCAGGAGGGCAUCCAACCCAAGAGGCGGCGGCGACAUAUGGAGAAUGAAAAAGCAAAAAGAAUGUCCUUCCGCCCGACCAACAGCAUCUCCCAGGUGUGAGAGCUGGAAGGACGCUGAGCUGCCCUGCCACCGGCACCCCGUCCUGUUGCCCGCUUCUCCCCACCUUUCAGCUCAUUCUCUUGAGAUUGUGGAUGUGAGACAAGUCUUGUCGAGCUGUGUCGUGAUCUUCUUUGCCGUUCACAUCUUACAGCAUUUAUUUGGGAGCCUUCGUGCAUCCACGACAGAGAUUUCAGGAAUAAACUGCCAAGAGAGAGGUGUUUCCGCUCCCGGCAGGGUCAGAUGUGCAGGGUCUACUGGACAAGCCCCAGGCUGGCCGGUCUUGGGAGGAGCCAUUUGCCUUGGUGAAUUCUUCCUCCUGAGGAAAACACUUUUCUCACCUUUCAGUGUGCAGGGCACAGGAGGCAUGUGUCUAGCCAGACUCCUCCUGGGCCAGAAGAGAGGGGAAAGAAGGGAGAGAGGUUCUGACAUCGAGCAGGCCUGUUAUCCCUGGCCCAGUGCAGCCAAAGACUGUCACUGUUUGCCUUUGCUUG